UAUAUAGAGCUGUUGCCGGCUCAGCCAUGUAGUUCUUCCCCAUGCCAGGAUAUUCUAUCCAAUUUACUUUACUUACUUCCGUUGAAUUUAUAUCUUUAAAUAAAAAGCGCUAUAUCAAGUCGGACCCCCAAAAACGCAAAUAUGGUCGUUGCCAAAGACAAGCCCGAGUACGUCGCCUUGGACCCCAACUUCAAGCCCCUCCCCAAGUAUGGCCACCUUAGCGAGCUCGACCCAGAGUUCGCCAAACUCAAGGAGGCGACGGACCAGAUGGUAAAUCAAAUAUGGGAGCCUUCGCUUUCUCUUGAGGCUUUUCGAAAAAUGUGGCUGAACGACUCGGCACCGCCAGAGGGGUGUCCCACGGAGGGAGUAGACGUCAUGACGGAGACGCAGCAGAUCCCGAUGCGCGACGGCGGCAAGGUCGAAAUUAAAGUAUACAAAUCUAAGGAUAAGAAACCCGACUCGGCACUGGUGAUGCGGUUCCACGGCGGCGGUUGGGUUGUCGGUGGGCAUUGUACCGAGCAUUCGGAGAAUCUACUCAUUGCUGGGAGAACGAACUCGGUAGUUGUGAGUGUGGACUACAGAAUGGCCCCCGAGUUCCGAUUCCCAUACUCGGCGAACGACUGCCUAGAUGGUCUAAAAUGGUCGAAAGAGAACGCUUCCUCCCUAGGCGUCGACCCCGAAAAGAUCAUUCUCGCUGGAGGCAGUGCCGGUGGCAACCUUGCGGCUGUCGUCGCUCUCAUGGCCCGCGAUGAAAGCAUUUCCGGUAUUGUCGCACAGGUUCUCUGUUUCCCCGUCACAUGCCACCCCAAGUUUUUGCCCAAGGACAAGUAUGAGUUUGGAAGCUAUCGACAGAACUAUGAAGCCAGUAUUGUCACCUCGGCGCGCCUCGAGUGGUUCCUGGACCAUUACAUGCCUGAGCCCACUCCUGACUGGCGACUUUCAUGCUUACUAGCCCCAUCACUCAAGGACUUGCCUCCCGCGUUGGUGAUGAUUGCUGGGUACGAUGCCUUAAGAGAUGAAGGCCUCGCUUAUGCAGAGCGGCUAGAGGAAGAGGGCGUGGAGACGGAGGUGCACACGUAUCAGGGAAUGCCACAUUGCUUUUACAUGUUCCCGGCACACCCCAAGGCUUUGGAUUACUUUGACCAAGUUGUCAAAUACGUCGGACGCUUCUCUGGUUGACAGCUCCUGACGAGGGUGUCAUGUCAUGUCUGUGUCAACCACACUAGAAGAAGUCCGCCACAAAGUGUAGAGACUAGCCUGAAUUAUGGUGUGAGAUAUUCGAGGGAAUCAUCAGACACCGAAGUGCCAAAGAAAUUGCUUCGUCUUUAUCAGCUCCCUGAACUCCCCGGCUGACCCGAUUUCGAGGCUCGCCCAGACUGGCAUCUCCUCAUGUCUCUUACUCUCUCCCUCACGUCAGCCGGGCUCCAGCAGGUCAUACGGGUCUUUCAGUGGUGAAAUUUCACACUUUGCAACCACAUAUUUAUGAUUGUUUUGAAUCAGCGUGGAUCGACAGCCGUUAAACAUGCUAUUGGCGUUGGUCGAGGGCUUCCACGUCUCGAUAACCGAGCCACGGAGAGGGAAC